AUGCAGUACUCUUCAGCUAUCCUCAUCGCGGCCUUUGCUGUUACCAACGUCCUCGCACACGGUGUCAUCACUGAGGUGCAGGGUUCCAACGGUGUCAACCUGCCUGGUCUCUCCGUGGCUGAUGGCACUCCUCGUGACUGCCCCUCGCCUGGCUGCGGUGCUGAGGCCGACACCUCCAUCAUCCGCAGCGCCGAGCUCGGCACCACCAAGGCCACCGCCCUGGGCCGCACCAACGGAGGCGGUCCCGUUGAUGCCGAGACCAUGAUCUCCACCUUCAUGGACGGCGCCUCGGCCAACAGCUCCGCCGUCACCGCCGCCCGCGCCCUCCACGCCGAGAACAUGGCCCGUCGCGCCAACCUGCCUCGUGCUGCCAACGGUGGCACCAAGACCCCUUCGGGCACCAGCGAGACGGGCGUCAAGGCUGCCACCGGUGUGGCUGCCGAGUCUGGCCUGCCCACUACCCAGGAUGACGGCACUAUCGCCAUGACCUUCCACCAGGUCAACCAGGACGGCGCUGGUCCUCUGACCGCCCAGAUCGAUGCCACCUCUGGAGGCCAGGACGCCUCCGCCUUCCAGGACGCCCAGGUCAGCACCAACGUUCCGGGUCUCGGCAUUGGUGGCCUCUCUGCUGCUCAGACCACCGACUUCCCCGUCAACGUCCAGAUGCCCGCAGGCAUGACCUGCUCCGGCUCCGUCGGCGGCGCCAGCAACGUCUGUAUCGUCCGCAUGCAGAACAGCGCCCUGGCCGGUCCCUUUGGAGGCUCAGCUGCCUUCACCCAGAGCCCUGCUGCCAAGAAGCGCGCCAUCGAGUACAACCUGGCUAAGCGCCGCUUUGCCCGUGCCCUCAAGACGGAGUAAGAGCAGUCGACUCCACCACGGAUAAAGAUUGAAUUAGUAAAUAAGGGUGUCUGGGUCUUCCACACAACUUCGCUGCUGGUCUGGACUAGCAGAAGAAGAGGUUAUUACUGUUCUUGGUUGGUGUUUUGAUCAUGAUAAUGGUUGGCUAUUCAUUGGGUUCUCAGCGCAUUAUUAUACCACGCUCUUUUCUUUUUGUUUCAUAUACACGAAAAAAGACCCAUUACGACAUGGGCAUAGCUAUAUACGAGGAGGAACGGUUGUAAAUAAUAUGAGAUAGAUGGUUGUAAAUGA